AUGAUGCUGGAAGAGAGCGAGAUCGAGGCGGAGAUACCCGAAAAAGACCUUGAGAUUAUCUGGAGGCAAACGCGGGCAGAACGAUUUGAGAACAAACACGGAAACGUCGGACAUCAGUGUCAUCAUGGGUGGGAAUUUGGAGCCACUUCUCACAGCAUAUCUCAUGUCCAAGCAAUCGAGUGCUGGUGUAAGUUGCUUGAGAUAGUUCCAUGGUUAAUACAUGUGGGGGAGAGUUCUCCUGGCGAGGAAGCUGGGAUCAAAUCGGCCACACUCGAGAUCGACGGGAGAUAUGCGUAUGGUUAUAUCUCCGGAGAGAAAGGCACGCACAGGCUGGUGAGACAAUUGCCUUUCAACUCUAAAGGUCUCCGACAGGUAGCUCAGUGGUGGUCCUGGGUUCAAUCCCCGGCGUGUCAAGAUCCAUUUUCCAAUAAUGCAGAGAGCGAGAUCGAGGUGGAGACCCGAAGGCGACCUUGUGUAGAUCUGGAGGCAAAGGCGGGCAGAACGUAA